AGUACGUCAUCACUCUGCGACAACAACAGACUCAACGGCAUGUGUCGAUUAUGUGAGCUCAGGGUCAUGGACUGACAGGACUGAGUGCAUUCUGUUUUUUAAAUAUAUUAACGUAAAUUAUUGUAACAAAAUGCAGCGUAUGUUUUCCUCUAAGUUAUUUGUGUCUGGGGCAUCUUUGGUGGUUGGCGUCGGUGUAGGUGCUGCCUUGGUAGGAUUUAAUACUAACGAUGAGAGCCGGGGACUUAAAUCACACCGAGGACUUCUCGAGCGGGUCCCUGUCAUACCUAUCCCCAGCGUUGAUGCUGCUUCCAAUUUGAUACCGUAUCAGCCAGGUCAGGCUGGGGUCUCCAAAUCUACUGCAGCCAUGAAGUACGGGUUCCCAUCUCUGGCAAACAUUAAAACCAGAGAGUCUUACGUGACAUCUUAUGACCCCAGGAAUAGGACUGCCGCGUGGGUCAUAGAGCAACUGAACCCCGAAACACUCACGGGGUCCUCAGACCGGAAAAAUUGCGAGUUCAAAGAUGAUGAUUCGGUGCAUAUGUACCAUAGGGCGACUAAUGCAGAUUACAGAGGAACCGGAUUUGACAGAGGGCAUCUAGCCGCGGCUGCCAAUCACAAAUGGAGUCAGAAGGCAAUGGACGACACGUUCUACCUCAGCAAUGUGUCACCGCAGGAUCCCCAUAUGAAUCGGAAUGCAUGGAAUAACCUGGAGCAAUACUGCCGCUCACUCACAAAGCAUUACCUGAAUGUGUUUGUGUGCACUGGACCACUCUACCUGCCGAGGCAAGAACCAGACGGUAAGCUGUACGUGAAGUACCAGGUGGUGGGCAAGAAUCACGUUGCCGUGCCGACGCACUUCUUCAAGGUGCUGAUCCUGGAGAAGCAGCGAGGGGAGGUGGAGCUGCGCUCCUACGUCAUGCCCAACAUGCCCGUGGACGAGAAGAUCCCGCUGGAGCGCUUCCUGGUGCCCAUAGAGAGCAUCGAGAGGGCAUCAGGGCUGCUGUUCGUGGCCAACAUCAUGAAGAGGACCAGCGCCCUGCAGGCCAUCACCAUGGGCCACUCAUGAGCCUGGAGCCCGGAGC